AUGCUGCUUCACACUUGUUUCUUUUUUGCCUGCCUGCCCGUGGUGAGCCAUGUCUGGGGACGAGGGGGCCAAGGCUCAGGCCGCCUGAAACUCACUGUCCUCUCAGAAGACAGGCUGCAAAUGAAAUGGAAAGAGGCUGAAGGGAACCUCCAGGGCUACAAAAUUCGGGUGAAACCCAUGGCAGGGGACUCAGAGCAAGAAGUCAUGCUGAAAACCAAGACUCCCAAAGCCAGUGGGGGGCUGAGCCCCACCAAGGAAUACACACUGCAGGUCUACGUGCUCAAUGGCUCCCAGGAAGCUCUGUUUGCCAAGAGGAAAUUUGUGAUAGAGGAGCUCAAAAAUGUCCAGAGUAGGAAUAACAGGAGAAACUCAGGAGCUGGCUCAGGAAAGAAUCUCACUGCUUCAGGGAGCUUGGGAAGUGGGCAGAGGGGUGGCAGGGGUCACCCCCCCACCCUGAACACCAUCCUGAUGCCACCAGCAAAGGACAGAGCUGAAAAGAAAAGGCAGAAAGGGAGCCAAGCAAAGGGCUCAGGAGAAACCAUCAGAAACCAGCCCAGCCUGGAGGCCAGCAUCACAGAAGCAACAACCACCAAGUCAGCCCAGCACGUUCCUGCAAGCUCAGAGGGGGAUUCUCAAGGGAAAGAAAGAGCCAGCAAGGAUUCACUGAGACGAGGUUCCCAGUCCCAGUGUGACACCACUGCCAGGACUGACCUCAUCCUGCUCGUGGAUGGAUCCUGGAGCAUCGGCCGCAACAACUUCAAGCUCAUCAAGGACUUCCUCAGCAAUCUGCUCUCCCCAUUCCCCAUUGCCCAAGACAAGAUACGAGUGCUCUUGCCUUCCCCAGGGCUGUCCCAGUACAGCAGUGAUCCUCCCGCACAGAUGGGACUGAGCUCUUACUCGACAAGGGAGCAAGUGCUGGAAGCUGUGAGGAGCCUGAGGUACAAGGGUGGCAACACCUUUACAGGUCUGGCGCUCACCCACGUCCUGGAGCAGAAUCUGAAACCAGAGGCUGGUGCCCGCCUGGAGGCUGAGAAGUUUGUUGUACUCCUGACUGAUGGAAAAUCCCAAGAUGAUGCCAACCUGGCUGCCCAGACCUUGAAGAACCUGGGCAUUGAGAUAUUUGCCAUUGGGGUGAAGAAUGCAGAUGAGGCAGAGCUGAAGCAAGUGGCCUCAGAGCCUCUGGAGCUCACGGUUUACAACGUGCUGGAUUUCCCUCUGCUGAGCUCUCUGGUUGCCAGGCUCACCCAGGUCCUCUGCACCAGGAUCAAAGAGAAAAGCAACAAGGAAAAUGCAGGCAGCACUGUGAAAGCCCCUGAGAACAGGGGUCCCCAGCUGAGCCCAGCUGACCUUAAAAUGUCAGCUGUGACCUCUAAGAGCAUGCACUUGAGCUGGAGUCCUCCUCUGAGACCACCCAAGAAAUAUCGGAUUGUUUUCCCAGCUAAAGGUGGUAGCAGCAAAGAGGUGGUUUUGGAUGGAGCCAUCUCCUCUGUGCAGCUCUCCAACCUGACCUCCCAGACGGAGUAUCUGGUGUCAGUGUUCCCUAUUUAUGAGACGGGUGUUGGGGAUGGGCUGAGAGGCGUCAGCUCCACACUGCCUUUGUCUUCCCCUCGUGCCCUGCGUGUCUCUGAGCUGACCCACAACAGCAUCAGACUCAGAUGGGAGGCAACCCAGGGAGCCACCCAGUACCUGGUGCUCUGCUCUGCAGCCCCUGAUGGAGAAGAGGACUAUACAAGUGAGGUGAAGGUGGCCCAACCUGAGGUCCUGCUGGAUGGGCUGGCACCCAGCACAGAGUACUCAGUGGCAGUGUAUGCCAUGGAUGGGGAGGAUGCAAGUGACCCAGCCAGCAUCCAGGAAACCACCCGUGAGUGCUCCUUCCCCAGAUCCCUGAGCUUCUCCGAGCUCAGCCACGCAUCCGUCCGAGUCAGCUGGGAGGCUGCAUCCCCUGCUGUGAGAUCUCACCACCUCACCUAUAUUUCUAGCAGAGGGAGCAACGCUGGGGAGGUGGAGGUUCCUGGCACUGCAACAUCCACAGUCCUGAGACCUCUGUCCUCCCUCACCCAAUAUUUCAUCAGUGUCCGUGCCACCUACGAUGAAGGGGACUCCUUUCCCAUCACGGGCAAUGUCACCACCUUGAAGGUUCCCCCACGUGCUCUGAAGGUCACCGAGCUCCCUGGGAACAGCCUCCGCCUGCACUGGGAAGCUGUGGCUGCCUCUGAUGUGGUUGUUUAUCAGAUCAAAUGGAGCACAGUCACUGGAGAGAAGCCCCAGGAGCUUUCUAUCGCUGGGAAUGUGGCAACUGCUGUCCUGCCAGGCUUGCAGAAGAAUACUGACUAUAUCUCCAUCUGGGCCUAUUACAAAGAUGGUGCUCGAAGUGACACAGUUUCUGUUCAGCACAGGACCAAUUCCCGGAGCCCCCCCACCAACCUCUUCAUCGAUUCUGAGACCCCCACCAGCCUCCAGCUCCACUGGACCCCCCCUGAGGGCCGUGUCCAGCACUACAAAAUCACCUACAGCCCUGUUUCUGAUGCUGGUGCUCAGCAAACAAUCAUGGCUCCUGGCAAAAGCAGCAGUGUGACCCUGCAGUCCCUGCUGCCUGAUCGAGCCUACAGAGUGACCCUUUCUGCCAUCCACUACACGGGAGAGAGCGAGAGCACGACCAGCACGGGCAGGACGGCUCCUGUGUUGUCUAAAUUCCCUUCAAUAAGAGGAUUUGUUCCACCUAAACCAGAGGCCUGUCCCACCAUCAGCUCCACCCAGGGCUCCCUACGAGGAUUUGAUAUGAUGGAAGCUUUUGGUUUGGUAGAGAAGGAAUACUCCUCCAUCAAAGGGGUGGCUAUGGAGCCAUUCGUGUUCAGUGGCUCCCGUACCUUCACCCUGUUCAGAGACAUCCAGCUCACACUGAGGACCAGUGAUGUUGCCCACUUUGCAGUCCCAGCUGAGCACACCAUCAGCAUCCUCCUGCGCCUCCUGCCCGAGACCCCCAAGGAGCCUUUUGCUGUCUGGCAAAUCACAGAUGAGGAUUUCCAGCCCCUGCUUGGAGUUAACCUUGACCCCAGUAAGAAAUCCUUGACUUAUUUCAAUCAUGACUACAAGGCUGAUUUGCAGGAGGUCUCCUUUGAUCAGCAAGAAGUGAAGAAGAUUUUCUAUGGGAGUUUUCACAAGGUCCACUUGGCCGUGAGCCACUUCAAGAUCAAACUCUACCUGGACUGCAAGAAAAUAGCUGAGAAACCCAUCAGCACCCUUGGCAGCAUCUCCAGGGCUGGUUUCAUCAUGCUGGGAAAGGUGACAAGGACCCGAGGACCCCGGAGUGGCUCAGCAGCAUUCCAGCUGCAGUCUUUGCAGAUCAUGUGCAGCAGCAUUGGGGCAGAGGAAGACAGAUGCUGUGAUCUCCCUGCACUGAGGGAUGAGGAGACCUGUCCUUCCAUAGCUCCUGCCUGCUCUUGUACUUCUGGCCACCCAGGUUUGCCAGGACCUCCAGGGCCUCCAGGCAGCCCUGGGAGGAGAGGACCCCAAGGGGAACAAGGGGAGCCAGGACCCAAGGGUGAACCAGGCCCUCCAGGACAAGUAGGGCCAGAGGGUCCCAGUGGCCAGCAAGGCUCUCCAGGUUCCCAAGGAAUCACAGUUCAAGGUCCUGUGGGACCACCAGGAAUCAAAGGGGAGAAAGGAGACACUGGAAGUCCUGGCAUGCAGGGCAUUCCUGGUGUGCAGGGAGCUCCAGGCAGGGAUGGUCUUCAAGGUGCAAAGGGGGUGAGAGGACUUGAAGGCACAGCUGGGCCUCCAGGACCUCCUGGACCAAGGGGUUUCCAAGGAGUGAUGGGCUCCCGAGGCAGCAGUGGAGAGAAGGGACCUCCAGGUGAUGUUGGGCCAACAGGGCUGCCAGGUCCCAAAGGAGAAAGAGGAGAAAAAGGAGAACCACAGUCCUUGGCCACAAUUUACCAGCUUGUUAGCCAGGCUUGUGAACGGAUGAUUCAGACUCAUGUGCUGAAAUUUGACUCCUUCAUUCACGAACACACCAGGAAACCAGUUCCUCUUUGGGAAGAAAAGUUAAAGCCAGGAGAACCAGGACCCCCAGGUCCUCCAGGUCCUUCUGGAAGCCAGGGAGAAAGAGGCCAAACUGGCAUCCCUGGUCGAGCAGGAAAAGAUGGGUAUCCUGGAGAAAGAGGUGCCCCAGGGCCCAAAGGAGAAAAAGGGACACCUGGAGCCAAUGAGGAAGGGAUCCAAGGACCCAGAGGCAGAACAGGCCCACCAGGAGAAGUUGUGCUGGGGAAGCCAGGUCCAAAGGGUUAUCAUGGGAAUGCUGGUCCUCCAGGUUUUCCUGGUGCCAGAGGGCAGCCUGGGCAGCCUGGAUAUCCAGGGGGUUGUGAUAUCUCUGGAUGCUAUGGGGAAGGCAGGAGAGAUUUCAUCCCCUGAGGCUGGCAUGGAGGCAGCUGAAGACAUUGGUUUGCCCUGAAAGCUCCAACACUCCAAGAGAAGCAACAAC